UGUGCUGCCCGCCCACGCCUCGCACUGCCGCCCGCUCUCCGCCCCGGUCAUGGUGCUGAGCCGGCUGCUCGGCCGCUGCAGUCUCACCGCACUGGGAGCCGCUUGUGUCCGCCGCGGCCUGGAGGACUUUAACCCUCGCUGACGGCGGCGGGCAGGCCAGUUGGGUUCGAAAGCUGCACAGCAGUUGGGUCAGGCUGUGAGAGGGCAGAAGACAGAGCGGGUCGCUGAUCCGCUGAGGGUGCUGAAGGCUGGUGCUAGGUCUAGCCCAGCUGGGACUCCUCCAUCACACAGAUUUGAGGAAGAGCUUGACCGUGGAACAGGACGCCAUGAAGGUUGAGUUAUUGCCUGCCCUGACCGACAACUACAUGUACCUGAUCAUCGAUGAUGACACCAAGGAGGCCGCCAUUGUGGACCCAGUGCAGCCCCAGAAGGUUGUAGAAAUGGCAGAAAAGCACGGUGUGAAGCUGACUACAGUGCUCACCACCCACCACCAUUGGGACCAUGCUGGCGGGAAUGAGAAGCUUGUCAAGCUGGAGCCUGGACUGAAGGUGUACGGGGGCGAUGACCGGAUUGGGGCCCUGACUCACAAGGUCACACACCUGUCUACACUGCAGGUGGGGUCUCUCAAUGUCAAGUGCCUGUCGACACCGUGUCACACUUCUGGACACAUCUGCUACUUUGUGAGCAAACCCGGCAGUUCCGAGCCCUCUGCUGUGUUUACAGGUGACACCUUGUUUGUGGCUGGCUGCGGGAAGUUCUUUGAAGGGACAGCGGAUGAGAUGUACAGAGCCCUGAUCGAGGUCCUGGGCCGGCUCCCUCCGGACACAAGAGUGUACUGUGGCCACGAAUAUACCAUCAACAACCUCAAGUUCGCUCGCCAUGUGGAGCCCAGCAACACCGCCAUUCAGGAGAAACUGGCCUGGGCCAAGGAGAAGUACAGUAUUGGGGAGCCCACAGUGCCGUCCACCAUUGCAGAGGAGUUCACCUAUAACCCGUUCAUGAGAGUGAGGGAGAAGACUGUGCAGCAGCACGCGGGCGAGACGGACCCUGUCACCACCAUGAGGGCCAUCCGCAAAGAGAAGGACAGUUUCAAGGUGCCCCGGGACUGAGGCCUGGGGUGCCCAUGGCUGCUGCAUCCAGUAUUCAGAUGUUUUAGGUGAACUUCCUGCCGGGAGUGUAGGAAAUUCAGUCUUGGUUUAAUUUAAAUUAAUUGUAAAGCCCUUUGCUUGUGUUAUCAAAUGUUUUAAUGCGUAUUUACCAGAGAAUUUAGAAAAUUUUUAUUCCCAAAGUUCUGCUUGCA